UGGAGUCGAAGGAGAGGCAGCCCUGGGCUUCGGACAUCUGGGCUCUUCUCUCCACCACUUAGGAGUUUAUCUGGAUUAUUGAACUCUUCUGACUUUGUUGGUUUUCAACUUGAGGCUACUUUUUGAGAGGAAAGCAAGAUGUCAAGGAAAAGUGUUCCAGGCUGCUUCUCUAGAAUGAUAUGGAAAAAACAUUUUUUCAAGGAAACCUGCUGCCGAUGUGGUGCUCCAGACACUGAAAUCCAAAAUGAAGAGCUGGAAAAGAGAGGAAAAGUAAAGAAAAGAAAGAAGAAAAAUGAAAAUAAACGAGUGAUCAUCUCCAAUUUGUCCUUUGGAAGUAAGAAGUGGAAGGAAAAUCCAAACAUAUACUAUGACUCCAAUAAAAUUAAGACCACAAAAUAUACCAUCUUGACUUUCCUCCCUAAAAAUAUCUAUGAGCAGUUUCACCGCUUUGCCAAUGUUUAUUUUGUGGUCAUUGCACUGCUGAAUUUUGUGCCAGUGGUGAAUGCUUUCCAACCAGAAGUUUCUGUGAUCCCAAUUUGUGUUAUAAUGGCCAUUACAGCCAUUAAAGAUGCUUGGGAGGACUUUCGGCGGUAUAAAUUAGACAAGGAAAUCAAUCAUAUGGGAUGUUACAUUUACAGCAGGGAAGAACGUGCUUAUGUUGAGAAAUGCUGGAAAGAUGUCCGAGUGGGGGAUUUUGUGCAGCUGCAGUGUAACGAGACCAUCCCAGCCGAUAUCCUACUGCUGUACUCCUCUGAUCAGAACGGGAUCUGUCACUUGGAAACUGCCAACCUCGACGGGGAGACCAACCUUAAACAACGACAAGUUGUGAUGGGGUUCUCCAGCCAGAAUACUUUGUUUGAACCCGAAUUUUUCCAAAACACCAUCAUCUGUGAAAUGCCUAACAAUGAUCUCAAUAAAUUCAAAGGGUACAUGGAGCAGCCAAAUCAUGAACGGAUUGGUUUUAACAUUGAAAGCCUCUUGCUUCGUGGAUGUACAAUCAGAAAUACUGAGGCUGCAAUAGGAAUUGUUAUAUAUGCAGGUCAUGAAACCAAGGCUAUGCUAAAUAACAACGGUCCUCGUUACAAGCGCAGCAAGAUAGAGCGACGGAUGAAUAUGGAUAUUUUCUUAUGUGUGGGACUUCUGUUGGUGAUGUGUCUUGUUGGAGCUGUAGGGCAUGGCAUUUGGACUGGAAACUUCUCAGAGUAUCCACCUUAUGAUGUCCCAGAUGAGAAUGGCAAUUUUCUGUCUCCAGUUCUUGCUGGUUUCUACAUGUUCUUGACAAUGAUAAUCCUGUUACAGGUUUUAAUCCCCAUCUCUCUUUAUGUGUCCAUUGAGUUAGUCAAGUUGGGCCAAGUCUUCUUAAUUCACAAUGACAUUGACCUGUAUGAUGAAGAGGCAGAUUUGCCCAUACAGUGCCGUGCCCUAAAUAUUACUGAAGAUCUUGGACAAAUCCAGUAUAUCUUCUCAGACAAAACUGGGACACUAACGGAAAACAAAAUGGUAUUCCGACGCUGUACUGUUGAUGGGAUUGAGUUUUCACAUCAGGAAAAUGCCAGACGCCUGGAAACCCACAAAGAGUUGGAUUUAGAUGAUGAGGACUUUGCAAAACUUCAACACUUCACUCUUCCUCCCAUGAAUAUUGAGACACCAGCCACUUAUAAGCAAAGGACCGUGAGACCUUUAAGGAGGUGCCAGAGUGCCAGGCCUCAUUUUCAGGGACAUACAAGGAAUAGGUCGCUCGGUCGUCGUGACAGCAACCAGUCUCAAGUGGCGUUCAGCAGUGCCAUUGAAAAGGAUGUGACUCCAGAUAGUAGGCUGCUGAGGCGAGUAAGAGAAGCUGCGUUCCAGACUGAAAAUCUUUCUCCUUUUAUGCAUACAAAGACUUCCACAUCCUUUACGGACUUUUUUCUUGCCCUUGCCAUCUGCAAUACCGUCCUGGUCUCCACAGCUACCGAGCCAAGACAAAGGGUCACAGUCCCACCACCAAUAAAACCUUCAGGAAUCACCCUGGAGAAGAUUCAUCAGAUAUUUCAACGGCUAAAAUUAGCAAGCCUUAGUCAGUCUUUUUCCUCUUCUCAGUCUAGUUCAGACCUAGGUGCUAGCUUCAGUGCAAAGAGCACCGAGGAGCAUCUUGCUGUGUUGGAUUGCUGUGACAAUGACGACAACUGCUGUAGUAGAGGCGAUGAGCUCCAGGGCAAGGGCAGCACAGAUAUUGGUAGUGCUUCCUUGGAUGAGGUUUUUAAAUCCGUGACUAACAGUUCUUUGCCAACAGACUUUUGUUAUGAGGCUGAGAGCCCAGAUGAGGCAGCGCUUGUCUAUGCUGCGCAGGCAUAUAGUUUUACUUUAGUGUCCCGAACUCCUGAACAGGUGACCGUACGGCUGCCACAAGGCACACUCCUGACUUUUGAUAUUCUCUACACUUUGGGAUUUGACUCAGUAAGGAAAAGGAUGUCUGUGGUGGUGAGACACCCUCUAACCAAGGCAAUUGUUGUCUACACAAAAGGAGCUGACUCUGUGAUAAUGGACUUGCUGGAAGACUCUUCCAAAGCUGAAAUUAGUGCAGAGAAGAGAAUGAAAAGAAUAAAAGAAAAAACACAGAAACAUCUGGAUUACUAUGCCCGUGAUGGCCUACGAACUCUGUGCAUAGCUAAGAAGGUCUUGAAUGAAGAUGACUUUCAAAAAUGGGCCAAUUUUCGUCGGGAGGCAGAAGCUGCAAUUGACAACAGAGAUGAGCUGUUAAUGGAGACAGCGCAGCAUCUGGAGACCAAACUCACCUUGCUGGGAGCAACAGGGAUUGAAGAUCGGCUGCAGGAUGGAGUGCCUGACACUAUUGCGGCUCUUCGAGAAGCUGGGAUAAAAAUCUGGGUGUUGACAGGAGACAAACAAGAAACAGCAGUUAACAUUGCAUAUUCCUGUAAACUCCUGAACCAGAGAGACACUGUCUUCACCAUUAACACUGAAAGUAAGGAAACUUGUGAAUCUCUCUUGAAUUUAACCUUGGAAGAGGUGAGGAAGAAUUAUGAGGUUGAAAAACCAUGGAGGAGAUUUUUUGGCGUUAUCCCAACAUCUUUCUCAGCCUCUGAGGCGCCCAGUCCUGAGUUCGGACUGGUGAUUGAUGGACAGACGCUGAACGUCAUCUUCCAGGGGGGCCUGGAGGAGAAGUUCCUGGCGCUGACGAAGCACUGCCGCUCGGUGCUGUGCUGCCGUGCCACCCCUCUUCAGAAGAGUAUGGUGGUCAAGCUCGUCCGGAGGCAGCUUAAAGUGAUGACCCUGUCGAUAGGUGAUGGUGCAAAUGAUGUAAGUAUGAUUCAAGCAGCUGAUGUUGGAAUUGGAAUAUCUGGCCAAGAAGGCAUGCAGGCUGUGAUGGCUAGUGACUUUGCAAUAUCCCGAUUCAAGCAUCUCAAAAAACUCCUCCUUGUCCAUGGACAUUGGUGUUAUGCUCGCCUGGCAAAGAUGGUGAUUUACUUUUUCUACAAAAAUGUGAGCUACGUCAACCUGCUCUUCUGGUACCAGUUCUUCUGUGGCUUCUCAGGCAGCACAAUGAUAGAUUACUGGCAGAUGAUUUUUUUCAAUCUUUUCUUCACCUCGAUGCCCCCUCUCCUCUUCGGAAUCCUGGAUAGAGAUGUUUCUGCAGAAACACUUCUAGGUUUGCCCGAGUUGUACAAGAAUGGACAAAAUUCAGAGAUAUACAAGCUGUCAACUUUUAUUAUUACAAUGUUGGAUGCCUUCUACCAAAGCCUCAUUUGCUUCUUUGUCCCCUAUUUGACAUACAAGGACUCUAACAUAGAUGUGUUUUCCUUUGGAAACCCCAUCAAUACCAUCUCCCUCCUGACCAUUCUCUUGCACCAGGCUCUAGAAAUGAAAACAUGGACCCUGUUCCAUUUGGUAACGAUGAUUGGCAGCGUGGUGUUUUACUUCAUCUUCUCUCUGAUCUACAAUGCCGCCUGCGUGGUCUGCAACCCUCCCACCAACCCCUACUGGGUUAUGGAGAAACAGCUUUCAGAUCCCACCUUCUAUUUACUGUGUCUUAUUACCCCAGUCAUCGCACUCUUGCCAAGGUUCUUUAUUUUUGCUCUACGAGGAACCUUUGGAGCAUCUCUGAUUCUGAAAGCACAGCAAAUAGAUAAACUUCCUAAAGGGCAACAGGAUCAUGAAAUCCAGAAAUUGAGGUCAAGAAAACAAACUACUUCUGGUGCACCUGUAGCAUCACCUACAUCUCAUGAUGACCUUGACCAAAACAUCAGCCACUUAUGUGUGUCACCAUUUUUACAUCCAGUGGCAACAGCUGUGUCUCAUGGGGACACAGAAAUUCGGGGACUUUCCGCCUCUGAAGUGAAUCCUCUCAGAAAACAGACACCUGAAGAAGGCUACUAUUUCUUUAAUAAGUGGGCAGAGGAAGAACCUACUGCUACGGACUCUUCAGCAGGACCUUUCUCUGGCCAUUACCUCCUUGUACCCAGCAGGGUAACAACUCCUGGACAGGACGGUGGCAAACUGACUAAAGAUAAUGCUAAGAGUUUUAACCGGGGAAGCCAUCGGCGGUCUGUGAGUGCAGUGACACUCUGAAGAAACAUUCAGAAAUGGGAUCCACAGCCCAUGUGGAGAAGGAUACCAUAGGGAAAAUAAAAAGUCUAUUUGUACUUAACUGUGAUGCUCACUGCAAAAGGAGAGAGAGACGUGUGGAGUAGUGCAAUAACAUCUCUAAUAUGCAACUUUUCCUAAGUGCAUAUAUAGUUUGGGUUUGUCAUUACAUGACUUCUUGAUCUUCCUGGUUUUGUCUCAUUAGGGGAAUGUUACAUAAGCAUCACACAGUUGCUGAGAAAUGUACAAUUACUUUCUUUCAUCAAGGAAUAUUUUUCUUUCACAGUAAUAGGGAAUAAUUGUACUAGUGAUGUUUCAAUGUUAUUAUGCUAUUGAGGUAAUAGAAAGAGAAUCCUUUCUAUAUUAAGCCAAGUCUUAGAGCAACACAUCCCACUCUAGCUUUUACUAUAAAAGUUUUAAAAAGACAUUACUAACAUAAAAAUUACAGUUCUGCCUAGAAAAAAUGUUACCUCCUGGUACUAAAGGUAUUUGCAGAAUAACAGCAUCGGAAAGAGACUAAAGAAUGUUCUGGGUUUUAAUAUAUGGACUUUAUACAUAUAACAAUAUCAGGUCUAUAGUCUGCUUUCCCUGAACAGUAAGCUCAGUAUUUUUAUGCAGGCAGUGGUUUGACCUGAUACUGUUAAGAAAAGAACAAAUGAGUUUAUGAAGUAGAAGAAUGCAAAUACUGAAGUACAAGAACUGACAGGAUAACUCAGGGGUAAGUGGAGUCUACUUCUUCAUACGUACAAAAGUAGACAGAUAUAACAAGUCAAAUUCAAGAAUUUAUGUUCUAGAAUUCUAAAGUUGUCCCUGCUUUUUCAUCUAGAAGUUCAGUUUCUUCCUUCCAUUUUCUAUUAUUAUGUAGCGUUGCUGCAUUCAAUCAAGUCUAAAUCAUGCUCCUGCCCACAGUUGGUUACAUCCAGUAGUUGAUGGAGAGCUCAAUAAUGGAGAUUUUGACAAGCAAUAUAUGAAGGUUACUAAUCACACUGCAGUAAGUACAUGUUGUAGAAUGACCAAAAUAUGCAUAAUACGUUCAUCCUUUUCAGUAUCUUAGGGCAACAAGAUGCAGGGAAAAAAAAUCAUAAAAUGUCACUAUCAUCACUACCUAUUGCAAUGCAAUGAAAGGUGACUUUGGUAUUUCUUAUAGAAAUGUUAACUAGUAAGACCAUUUCCCAAGUUUUUAUUCACAAUGUAGGGUGAAAUCGUAACUAUGUUUUAAAUUCAAGCCCUCUGUACUUUUAUGAAUCUACCACUGGUUCUGAUUUAAGUAGGUUUUUAGCCUUUUUUAUACAUGCUAUGUUAAUUUAGCUAUUUACUACCUAUCACAAUGUGUGAUCUGUUUAAUAAUCUGUUUAGCAAAUACUAAUUUAAAGUCUGUGUGUUAUAAUAAUUACUGUAACUAGAGUCUUCAAGAUGUUACUUUAAAGCAACUCAGGCAAAAUUGAGUAGCAUAUCUGCCACUGGGAUUGCUGGUAGCCAGAGCAAGAGCACACAUAGAACUGCAAUCGUUAAAGUAUUAAUUGUCAGCUGUAAAACAAUUCAGAAAGAGAUUUUUUGCAUGAUGUACAAAAUGAAGGGAAUUAGGCAUAGCUGAGAUUAUUGUUAAUGGAGUGUGAGAUUGCUCAAAUGUUUGCUUCCUAGCUGGGAAUGGACCUUGGGUGACAAGACUUAAGAUCAAGCCUUUACAAUUCACAGCCGUGUCCUUACAUUAAAUGGUCCGUUUCCUUUGAACUUAAAGAAGAUGCCAAUUUCUUAUACAUUUUAUUACAAAAUGUGAAAUGUUUUUAUAGUAAUAAAUGUAAUAUGGUCGUGACUUGGUGUGUUGUUGAGAGGACGAAAACAGAGGCAGAGGAGUGGAUUUCCUAUUGUCAUCCAUGAGUGGCAAACUCAUGUUUUCCAAGGCCACUCCUCUACCUAGUAGGCUGCGCUAUAGAAUGCUUAUCAUAAAAACUAGGUAACAAAUUUAUCUGAAUGUGCAAGGGGACUGAGCAUAUAUGGAAAAGGGCCAGAUGGAUUAUGUUUAAGCAAAUCUGGAAGACCUGUAGACGUUCCUGAAUUCAAAGCCAAGAAUUAAUUUCACAUUUUCUCACCACAGCUUCUGCAAAACCAUUCUACCAUGCAUUUUGCCCUGACAGCUGGGCCUCGGUUGAGAAAUGGCAUAUAGUUAAGGG